AGAAGAAAAAGAACCAGAAGAAGAAGUUUCCUGUUCAUAAAUAUCAACGUCGCUGCCAUUUUGAAAGUGUCGUGUUUAUGUUCCCGCUUUGCGAUUAGCCUAGCCGCUCGAUUACAUCUUUAAACAACUUUAGCCGUUAAGUCAGUGAGAGAUUUCAGGAUGAACGUUAUUGAUCAUGUGCGGGACAUGGCGGCCGCGGGCCUUCACUCUAACGUGCGGCUCCUGAGCAGCCUGCUGCUGACCAUGAGCACCAACAACCCGGAGCUCCUCUCUCCUGCACAGAAGUACCAGCUGUUGGUUUACCACGCAGACUCCAUAUUCCAUGAUAAAGAGUACAGAAAUGCAGCCUGCAAGUACAACAUGGCCCUGCAGCAGAAGAAGGUCCUCAGUAAAACCUCCAAAGUGCGUCCAUCCAGCACAGGAGGCUCCUCUUCUGUCCAAACCCAGAACUUGCCUUCAGAGAUUGAAGUGAAGUACAAGAUUGCAGAGUGCUACACCAUUUUGAAGCUGGACAAAGAUGCUAUCUCUGUUUUGGACGGGAUUCCCUCAAGGCAGAGGACUCCCAAGAUCAAUAUGAUGCUGGCGAACCUGUACAGAAAGGCUGGACAGGAACGAUCAGCGGUCACAAGCUACAAGGAAGUCCUGAGGCAGUGUCCUCUCGCACUCGAUGCUAUUAUUGGGCUGCUGUCCCUGUCUGUGAAGGGAGCCGAGGUGGCCUCCAUGACCAUGGAUGUGAUUCAGACUAUUCCCAAUCUGGACUGGCUUUCUGUUUGGAUCAAAGCAUACGCCUUCAUCCAUGGAGGAGAUAAUCACAGAGCUAUCAAUACCAUCUGCUCCCUGGAGAAAAAGUCUCUUCUGAGGGAUAACGUGGAUCUGUUGGUGAGCCUCGCAGACGUGUACUUCCGAGCCGGAGACACCAAGAACGCCAUCCUGAAAUUCGAGCAGGCUCAGAUGCUUGACCCAUAUCUCAUUAAAGGUAUGGAUGUAUACGGCUACCUCAUGGCUCGAGAAGGACAUUUGGAAGAUGUGGAGGUUCUUGGCGGUCGACUGUUUAACAUCUCGGAUCAGCAUGCGGAACCCUGGGUGAUAUCUGGCUGCCACAGUUUUUACAGUAAGCGCUACUCUCGUGCACUGUACCUGGGGGCCAAAGCCAUUCAGCUGAACAGUAACAGCGUGCAGGCUCUGCUUUUGAAGGGUGCCGCCCUGCGUAAUAUGGGCCGAGUACAGGAAGCGAUCAUUCACUUUAGGGAGGCAAUGAGGCUGGCGCCGUGCCGCCUGGACUGCUACGAAGGACUGAUUGACUGCUAUCUGGCAUCCAAUGGUAUCCGUGAGGCAAUGGGAAUGGCCAAUAACAUCUAUAAGACUCUCGGUGCCAACGCCCAGACACUCACUAUCCUGGCCACUGUGUGUCUGGAGGACCCCAUGACCCAGGAGAAGGCCAAGACCCUGCUGGACAAAGCCCUCGCCCAGCGGCCAGACUACAUCAAGGCCGUCGUGAAGAAAGCAGAGCUCCUCAGUCGAGAACAGAAAUACGAAGAAGGCAUAGCACUUUUGCGAAAUACACUUGCCAAUCAAAGUGACUGCAUGCUGCACAGAAUGCUUGGAGAUUUUCUGGUCGCUGUUAAUGAGUACCAGGAGGCCAUGGACCAGUACAGCAUAGCACUGAGCCUGGAUCCAAAUGACCAGAAGUCCCUAGAAGGUAUGCAAAAGAUGGAAAAAGAGGAAAGCCCUACAGACGCCACAGUGGAGAUUGACGGUGACGACAUGGAGGGCAGCGGAGAGGAAGGCGACCUCGAGGGCAGUGACAGCGAGGCAGCGCAGUGGGCCGACCAGGAGCAGUGGUUCGGUAUGCAGUGAGCGGCAGCACUGAUCUUGGAUCAGCCUCUUCCUGCCUCGUUUCAUCACUCAGCAGGAUUUACAAAAAAACUGAUCCUAGAUCAACGCUUAACUCUGGUGGAGUUUGAAAUAUCUUUAGGAGUCUGGUCUACAGAAAGUGUUGCAGCGCCUCCUGCAGGCUGGGAGCCAUAUCUGCACACCCCAGAGCACUGGAAAGCCUGAUGUAUAUCCGUGCGUAAACAUGGACAAUACGGGAGAUGGUGCAGAAUUGUAAAGAACAGAUCUGACGCUUGGGAACGUUUGAACCGCUGUGUAUCAAAAGCAAUGCCUUGCAUCAGGUUUGUCUUUUGUCCUUACACUGGUCAUGUGACUGUACACGACUCUGCUCUGCAUCAGUGCUUCAGAUUAGAAUCUAAUGUCCAUACUUCUGUUUUGAGCACCUCGGUCACUUUUCUAGUUCUGCCAUAGCAAGAUCUCUCAACCUUAAACCACACAGCUUUUGCUGUUGGGGGUUACAGCAAAGCUUAAGUGUUAUCACUUAUAUUUGAGCUCAUUGAUAUAUAUUUUUUUUUAAUAAAAUGCAUUCUAACUGCUCUGGCAAUAUUGCCCUAUGACAUCAUACUCGGAUUCAUCUGCUAACAACUUAUGUGAUUUAUACAACAAACUAGCACCAGAUUAUAAACCUGCAUACAUACAUAUAUUUAGUGUAAACGUAUUUACUGUGGACCUUUCCUUUAUCUUGUGCUAAUUUUGACAGCCUUUUUCAGCCACAAACAGCAUUUUUUUUUUAACAUCCAUGUUUCCUGAUGUCAUCAAGUAAAGAACCAUACAGAAGAACAAACCGCUCCACAAAGAGGAAACAUUUGAGUCAGCAUAUUAAUCAAGUUAAGGUCAUGUAGCCUAAAGUGCUCUUUGUGGUGUUACUUUUUUAUUGUAAUGUUUAUAACAAUAUUGUGAACUGUGAAUAAUACUAUUUUUCAAUGUUAAUGAAUAAAUCAUGACCGAUUCGUAAGUA